CACAGCAGCACGGACAGCGACAACACCAGAAACACAGCAGCCAGCAACCAUGGGUAUCUCUCGCGACUCCCGUCACAAGCACAAUGCCACGGGCGCCAAGCGUCCUCAGUACCGCAAGAAGAGAAAGUUUGAGCUCGGUCGUCAAGCAGCCAACACUAAGAUUGGACCCAAGCGUGUGCACGAGGUGCGUGUGCGUGGUGGCAACCGCAAGUUUCGCGCGUUGCGUCUUGACUCUGGCAACUUCUCAUGGGGUUCCGAGGCCAUCUCCCGCAAGUGCCGUAUCAUCCAGGUCGUCUACCACCCUUCAAACAACGAGCUUGUGCGAACCAACUCGUUGACCAAGUCUGCUAUCGUCCAGAUCGAUGCUGCUCCUUUGCGUCAGUGGUACGAAGCGCACUACGGCACUGCUAUCGGCAAGGGCCGCGGCAACAAGAAGAACGCCGAGGAGGAGACAAAGGAGGCCAAGAGCCAGUCUAAGCACGUCGAGCGCAAGUUGGCCGGUCGGGCCUCGUCCGCCAAGGUUGAGCAGGCUCUCGACUCGCAGUUCGCUGCUGGUCGUCUCUACGCCGCUGUCUCAUCGCGCCCUGGACAGUCUGGUCGUUGCGACGGCUACCUCCUCGAGGGUGAUGAGCUUGCCUUCAUCCUCAAGCAGAUCCACAAGUAAGUGUACACCUCGCUGUGCCUUUCUUGCGAGACUAUGGUGCGGCUCAGGAUUACAUACGAAAAGCCUGUUCACGCUUCUACAGCACACACUCGCCCUGCUGCCUGGUCCCGUCUGCUCUUCCACUACGUAGCCUCGUCUGAGGACCGACUCAUUGAUGCAUAAACAAAAACCAAUCUACAGAUCUAUGUGCC